AUGUCUCCCGAUCGCAACCCCCUCCGCCUUGGCUCCAUCGCCCCUGACUUUGAGGCCGAGACCACCGAAGGCCCUAUCAAGUUCCACGACUUCAUCGGCAACUCCUGGGUCAUCCUCUUCUCCCACCCCGCAGACUUCACCCCCGUCUGCACCACCGAGCUCGGUGUUGUUGCCCGCCUCCAGCCCAAGUUCCAGGAGCGCAACGUCAAGGUCAUCGGUCUCUCCGCCAACGGCCUCGAGUCUCACAAGGAUUGGAUCAAGGAUAUCAACGAGGUCAACGACGUCGACCUCCAGUUCCCCAUCAUUGCUGAUGCCGACCGUAAGAUCUCGACCCUCUACGACAUGUUGGACUACCAGGACUUGACCAACCUUGACGCCAAGGGUAUCCCAUUCACCGUCCGCUCCGUCUUCAUCAUCGACCCCAAGAAGACCAUCCGCCUCACCCUCUCCUACCCCGCCUCGACCGGCCGCAACUUUGACGAGAUCCUCCGUGUCGUUGAUUCCCUCCAGCUCGGUGACAAGAACCGCAUCACCACCCCCGCCAACUGGAAGCACGGUGAUGACGUUAUCGUCCACCCCUCCGUCUCCAACGAGGAGGCCGCUACCCUCUUCCCCGGCUUCAAGACCGUCAAGCCCUACCUCCGCUUUGCCACCCAGCCCGGCACCCAGCCCGCCACCAUCUAA